AUUCAUCUUGUUUGAUUGUAGGUACCAUGUAAAGAAAUCGUGGUAUGUUCCGACAACGUCGACUGACGUCUGAAUUCUGUGCAGAUUGUAUGAAUUGAUGUGAAAAUCCACGGUUUAUUGGUGUGUGAAAUUUUUGAUUCCUUUGGAUGGAGGAAUACCCAGCCAUCCUACCGAUCCUUCCCUCCGAAUGAAAAUCGGCGACCGCUGAUCAUCGGUGAGACAUCUUUUAAAGAACUUCAAUUCAUGUGCACAAUUUAGGAUUCAUUCAUCCUCGUUGCUACUGGAUCAUGCCUGGAAAGAGUUCUUGGGGUUUACUGGUCUUUUGGUGGAUAUUGGUUUUUAGUGCGUUGCAAGUAACGAGCUUUUGUUUGUUGCAGAUGAGGCUUCGUGCGGCUUUGUUGAACGAUUCAUCUCUACUUGUCUUCGGAUUAGAUUGACAUUGUUCUGAGUGUAGUCGUUGUUGAGUCACUUGCUUCCGUCGGACUGAGUAGAAUGUCCGAUGCAACUUUGCUUUUGUCUCACUUCGCCGAAAACUCACAAUUCGGGAACGCACCCACCACUGCAAAAGAGCCAGUUUGGAUGAUUGAAUGGAACAUGAUUCGAUCGCGUUUUCCAGUAUAUUCUGCUUUGAAUUCUGGCUUUGAUGCUAGCGAUGCUUCUUGUGCGACUGGUUCAUUAUCUGAAAUGGACGAUGACCAGGGAAAUUCAAUCAUAUCGGGUGACUCCUUGGAAGACGUUUCGUGCUCUUCGAAAAUGGCAUUAGUCGUAGAACGUCCGUCCCACAAUGGCACAAAACACGUCAAAAGUAGAUCUGUUCAACUGUCGAUGACCGGUUCAGCCGCAGUGGAGAGCAUAUUCAAGCCUUCGAGUUUGUCGGAUUCUUCGUGUGAACGUUCAGCAACACCGGUGUCGUCUUCUUCGAAUUCGAGUUCGUGCAAAGCAGUGAACUAUGUAAAAAUUCCGAAACAUAGCACUUUGUGUUCACCGAAUUCCCGGACGGAAAUUGAUUUCGGUCGCCUAGUUCUUAAUGAUCGAUCGAAAACACUGCCGGCUAGAUCAGGAUCUAGCGAAACCAUUCAUAUGAUGGACAUUCUGGCGGUUCCUCCGGAUGUGAUCGCUGAGCAGCUCACCUUGAUGGAUUUCAACCUGUACAGUGCAAUCAAAGAAGAAGAGCUGUACUCAUGCGGUUGGGCAGAUCAGAAAUACAAACAUGCGAAGGCCCCGAACGUGAUGAAUUUCAUCGAGCGAUUUAAUCAGACUGCCUAUUGGGUCUCCGUUGAGGUUUUGGAACGAGAGAACACGGAAAUGCGAGCGAAGGUGAUCUGCCAUCUGUUGAAAACCUGCAGACAUCUGAAAGCACUACAAAACUUGAAUUCCGAAGCUGCAGUUGUGUCUGCUUUGCGAAAUGCAGCGAUUUUCCGUUUGAACAAAACGUGGGCGUUGGUACCAUCCAAAGAAAAAGUUAACCUCGCCCAGCGUUCCGAAUUCCUCUUGGAGAAGGGAAGGUUUCGAAUUUUCUUGGAAGAAGCUGUGCCUCCUUGCAUACCUUUUCUUGGUGAGCUUAGAUGGAACACUUUUUCUUUUAAGCUGCAUGAUCUAGAAUAUUCAAAGUGCAAUUGUUUCGCUGUUCUCUUAGGACCUUUCUUGACUGAAUUGAUCACGAUCAAGGAGGCAUAUCGAGAUGCUGAUGGUUCUAACGGCACAAGCCUUGAAAGUAGGAAACGGAAGAUGGAUGAGGUUUUGCACGGUGUGCUGCGCUUCCAGUCAUCAACGUAUGAAAAAUUAAAAUGCGUUGGAGUUUUGCAAAGGUACAUAAAUUCUCGCAAAUAUAUCGAUGCGUUGUUCAAGUUUACGGAGGAUGAGCUUUACAAUUGUCGAACUUCAACGAGUAUUCCUCCGUUUGACUUCAUUCCUAGGCGGUCUCUAUCUUUGGAACCUGGAGAAAGCCCGUCAAGAAGCAAGGGUACUGCGGGUGAUGGUAACUUGACGGUAGUUUCUCCAACGAAGGCAUAUCACCCAAGUAGAACGGCUGUGGCGCGACAAACAGCAUCGAGUUUAUCGCCUGUGCCUCGAAAUGCCAAAAUGCACCAGAAUCGUCCCAGCUCAGCACGUGUGAAUGCAGGGAAAUUCCCUUUCACUCAUCGAAAGGCGCAGAGUCUUGGAACUAACAUUUUCCGGGAAGGAAAUUCAUACCCCCCAUUGUCGAACGGAUCGAAGAGUCUCCUGGAUUCUGAAUUAUCUACGAGGGCCACCAUUGAAGAAACGUGCGAAGGAUCAGAAAGUCCCGAACCCCUUUCCGGGGGCGAUUUCAUGCCUGUGGCCUGUGUUGAAGGAGUAGCAGUUAAAAUUGAGGAGAAAUCUCCAUCCAGCGAUGAUACGAAUGUAGACCGCAAGACAGCAUCAUUAGCCUCACAGCGCACUUUGACUGCUACUGCGUCAUCAACGUGCUCGGGUUCUCAUGAUUUCUGGUACGGUUCGGUUGUGCAACGGAAAACAGUGAAGAAAAACCACAAGAAAGUACGUUGGACGAAACAGAAGGACUUUUGGAUGGAACUGCAUGGCUGUCGAUUGUACAUAUAUUCUCAUCGACUUCUGGGGAAUAAGUGCACACGGAAUGGUUACAGGGCAGAUCCUUGGAAGAAUAUCAAUAUCGUUGGGUCCAAAAUAGCUGUUACUUCACCGAAUUCUUUCGUUUUGUCCCAUCAGGAUUCAGGUAAUGAAUGGUACUUCGCGAUUGACUGUCCGGAAAGAGCAGAAGAAUGGGUGUCCAUGCUACGUCGAGCAUCUUUGCCGUGCGAUAUUCCAGAAAAUUUAAUGGAGUUUUGAGAAAGGUUUUGUUUCUUUUUUUAUUAUUUCCACGGUUGAAUUCAAGACAUUCUUGAAGUGAAAUCGAUUCUCAAUCUGAUCGAUGGGCAUUGUAUAAGUGGCACCAACUUAUUCUACUGUGGUGCGGACGCUUUACGAGAGCAAGCUUCUGUUGGUGUAUGUCAAGCUUUACCUCGCCGGAGUUCCGAAAUAUUUGGGUUAGAUUGCUUGUUCGUAAGGUAAUCAUCGCAGCUUGUGUUCAGUCAUUUCCAGUUUCCCGAUGAAAUAUUUGACUUGGGUCCUGAAAGGUCGCCUCGAAUGUGUUCACCCAUGCAUGUGAGCAGAAUCAUCUCGCUUUAUGGGCAUGUCGGCACAACGAAUUUCAUUUUCACAAUAUCUCCCAGUUUCAAGCAUGUGACAAAAAUUGUAAUUACGUUACUAUCAACGAAUGCAUCGUGAUGAGUACAUUGUUCAGAACAGUGCUUGGAAAGAGGAGUUUACGUUUAUCGUGCUACAUGCCGGUACAAUCUACUUCAGUUAUUUCGAAUGUUCGGACGGAUUGUUGUAUCGGGGCAAAAGAAAAUUAUAAAUUGAAAAUUGGCUUUUAGCCAGAAAGCUCAACAAUAUUUUGAUCAACAGCUAAUGGUUUCGCAGGGUGUAUUUGCUGUGUGAAAUUUGUUCGGCUUUGCCUGUUCCAAGUUCAUGAUGUACACUGCGGGGAAUGAGAUCCCAUGGAUUUAAUUUGGCUGUGAUAUGGUCCCGCAGAUGUGGGAUUUUGAGAAUUUUGAAGCUAUUCAUGCACUCACAUUUGGGUGAAUAAAGGGUUUAUCAUGGCAUUAAAUGCUACAUGUCCGGAGAAAUUACUUUUUUCCCGAAGUUUCUCUGGUAUUUUCGAUCAAAAACUGGGAAAUAAGUGGCGCGGUGAGAGUUUUGGAUUUGUCAAGGAUCUUCAAGGGAUUCGUGCGUAACGGAAGUCAAAAUUUAUUGUAACACUGGGGUGAGUGUUACUGAAUUGUUUCUGUCGCCUGAGAAAAAGAUUUUUUUAAGUUUUCUCGUUUGCUUAGGUGUCAAACGCAGCUGAAAUAUCCAAACGGUGUCUGUCUUGGCCUUCGUUGAACAGUGUCGUGGAUCAAUGCGAAUUAUUAUUUUUCUCCCGGUUGCUUUGGUCUUGUUAGGAUUUUGCAUGGUUUUGAUUUCUUACAAGUUUCAAGUUCUGAAUUCUGUGAUCCGCUUAACGCCUCUCGUCAGUGAGUGACGAAGAGAAUUCCGAUGGCCAGCUAAGAUUUCUUGACCAGUGAACGUGAAAUAAAUGCCUCGUGCUAAAUUCAGUUGGAA